UUCUUUGCACAGACAGUCGCAAUCUCCUUACCGUUCACCGCCUUUAUCAUCCGCGUUAUUAAACAACACAAAAAAAAAAAACUUAAUCAAAUCAACUCAUUCUUCACAUAAAUCGUAAACACAAACAAAAUUCAACCUUAAAACGGUAUCAGGUUAAGUCGAAUUUAAUGUAUGCGCGUGUUAAUUAGUCAUUUUAACGGAUAGAUAAGAGUAUAACAAAGCAAAUAAUAGUAAAAUAAUAAGAAAAGAGUUAUAAGGAACAGUGCUUAGUGAGUUUUGAUAUCGGAUUGACGUCUCGUAAUGGUUUACACGGUUAAUUGUGAUCGGGUUGUAAUCACCAAGGAUGUCGAACGUGGCAGCGUGUGGCGCGGCGUGGUCAUAGCUCUCAUUGCAAGCCUAGGAUUCUUCACUCACGGCAUUCAAACUGCCAAUUUGACGUCCACAGCCCAUUCGGGGCACUUUAUCAACACAGACCACGUACCUUGGAGUACCACUGCUCUAGUGAUCACAGCAGCCAUAGCCGGUCCAGUAUUUUGUUAUACCAUCGACAGACAUGGAAGGAAAAUGGGAAUUUUUAUUAUUAAUCUGGUUCAAGGUGCAUCCUUAAUACCCCUGUUCUUUCUAAACGAUACAAGCACAAUCAUUCUACACGUAAUCGCCGGCAUGGCCACUGGAGGCUUAUUCACCGUAUGCCCAAUAUACAUCCAAGAAAUAUCAUCGCUAAAAACAAAAGGCUUCUCAAUGUGCGUAACGAUGGUGAUGACCGCAGCAGGAUACAUGAUGAGAUUGGUGAUGAAUCUCGAAGAGAGGAUGUUCUUUAUGGUGGCAUUGGUGAUGUUCCAGUUUAUUUUGAUGGUCUUCGUAUUGGAGUCUCCUAGUUAUUUGGUGAUGAAGAGAAAAUUUGAGACUGCUUCGGCCCUUAUCGCAAAACUAAGAGGAUUAGAUGAAGAUAAUCCAAACGUCAUGAAAGAGCUCAAAGAUCUUCGAGAAGAGAGUGACAGAGCAAGAGCUAACGGAAGAAUCACUAUACGAAUGAUUUAUCGCAACAAAAUCUGGUGGGAUAGUAUCAAAAUUGGUUUAGUGCUGUACACAACUAUGAUCCUAUGUGGGAGUAUAGUGUUUCUGAACCAAAGCAAGGCUCUGAUCCAGCUGAAAGGGUACGAUGAUCCGCAAAGUGUAUUGGUGACCAGCGCCUUACUCGCCGGAAGUCUUCUGACUUUGAUCUGCGUCACAAUUCUAGAUAUGAAAUAUCUUCUGAGUCUUGGGUACGCGAUAAUGGCAUUAGCGUCUGGAGUGUUGGCAGUUUACAACCAAGUCGACCUAGAAGUGACGUCAUAUCAAUGGCUGGCAAUAGCUUCUCUCGCGACUUUGUUAUUUGGUUACGGAAUGUCUUGGGUAUUACCUAUUAUUGUUUUAACGCAGACUCUUAACUUUGAGAUAAAAGCGACGUUGCUAGGAAUGCUUUUCGCUUAUUUUCAACUAAUCAAACUAGCACACGCGUACACCUUUCCAUACAUCGAAGAGUACGUCGGUGCCUACACCCUGUUCUAUAUAUUUGCAAGCGUCAACUUGUAUGGUGCUGUAUACAAUUUGUUCGUUAGUCCGAACGUGAAUGGUUUGAAUGUUAGACAAAUCGAGAAGCAAAUUAAAAGGAUACCUUUGCCGGCGUGAUUAGAGUUUUUUUUCGACUGGCACGUUGGUGUAGUGGUCAGCACUCCUAAGGGCUGGGUCGAGGUUGGUUUUCUCACACGACAAACAUUCGUGUGAUGAAGAGUUUGGUUUGCUGUUAAUCUAAGU